GUUAUGUUGUGUUGUGUUAUCAGACUUGGUGACAGUUUUUUUCUCUAUCAAACUAUCUUUCUACGAGGAAAUAAAAAUCUUUGAAACUAUUGAGUACGCCUUACGUAAUUUAGUCGCUGAGUCUUUGUCUCGAACUAUUCUUAUUGUGGUUGAGUUCCUCAAAUUCAUGGGUACCUAAGUGUUUCGCAAGUGUCACAAAAUGCUUUCAAUAUUAAGGAACUCAAGAUUUGUCCUCUUCAAUCCAGCCGUUCGCCGAGGCUUUGCUAAUGAAACGAGCAAGUCACAAUCCGAGGGUGAUGCUAAAGAUGGAGAACCUGAAGCGGCUUGCCAGAAAACAGCAAAGCUCGCCCAAAAACUCCGUGCUAAAACCCCCAUCGGUAAAUUGGACGAGUUAGAUGAGGGUAAACAUCCUUUUCAAGAAAAGGAGCCCUUGCCCCCAUUUCCAGACAACAUUAAUCCAAAGACUGGAGAAGUUGGAGGUCCUAGAGGUCCGGAACCAACUAGAUAUGGAGACUGGGAGCGAAAAGGAAGAGUAACAGAUUUCUAGUCUCUGAACGAAACACCUGUGCUUAUUCUAGUUCAAUCUUAAUCUAGUUCUAAUCUCAGACUCCUCUAUAAUAGCAUCAUCAUACUUCUGAAAAGUCAUCAUGCCAGCAAUUCAGUAUUCAGUCAUUAAAAUGUGUUGUCUUUCUAUCAUGUCAUAUUUCUAUCAAUGGAACAAACAUUACUCUAUACUCUCUGCUUUGACCCUGAGUCACAUUAAAAUGCUUGCAAAAUAAGACUCACACCGAAGUGUAGUGACGUUGUUUCCGAUGGGAGCCAACAAAUCUAACUCGGUAGUCUCGUAACUGUUCAACUACAUAAAAGCUCCUCAUGAUUGCCUUCCCUUCAUUCACUUGCAGACGACAGUCACUUUAAAAAAAGGGUAUAGACUAGCCCCUCUGGCUUCACUGAAAUUUCGCAACUUAGCCAUUUCACAAUUCCAGUACAAAUGCCUUUAAUUUAAGCGCAGAAUAUGUAGAAAAGUUGUGCAGGUAAAAUUCUUCUGGUUCACUACGAGGAACACCAAUAACUGCAUAAUGUCAGCAACCUCAAAUGCAUAAAUGUGCCCUUUUUUAAAUUGGCCAUCCAGCCUAAAGGUAUGGCAUUUAUAAUGCGCAGGUCAGCAAGCGACCUUGGCGCAAGGAUCUGUCAAAGGAGCUCACAUGUAUUUCCUUUGACAGACCAUUGGACUGCCUUCAGUCACAGACUUACCCAAUUUUUACGCAUCUUAAGAGGCAUACCCCAAGUUCCUGUGUAAGUGAAAAUUUUCUUUGAAUUUAAAAUUUUUUUUAGGAUUUUUUUAAUACAAAUAGUUAUCAGCAUCUGUUUUUUUUCAGCAAGUAUAUGAGAAUAACCUGCUAUAGUCCAUUUCCAACCAACGUCCUCCGAUGGAUUCAGUACUUAAAUUUAUUUUGUGAAAUGACGAUUUUUAAGAAGGGGAUGAAUACACACAGCUCGGCAAGUAUCCACAACACAAUAACGCAAAAUGAAAUUUUAGCAACAUAGCUUUUAAGUCUUUUUCUUUUUUUUCUUUUUCUUUCAGUUAUCUGCGUUGCUCUCCGUCCAGAUAAACUACUUAAGGAAGAAGUCAAAGUCACUCUUAAAGAUUUCAAGUCUAAUGUUCACUCAGAAGAGAAUUUUGGGUUUUGUUUAACUAAUUUGAUAUCAACAAUAAAAUUGGAGAAAUGCCUAUUUCGGUUUGCAGCGUUGCAGACCUCCUGUCAUAGUUUGUUAUCAACAUAGAAACCUUUAAAUGUCAUUUCUUGAAAAUUUAAGCGAUUUUUUUUCUCUGUGUGAAGAAUAUUCUGUGAAAAUUUCAAGCCAUGCUGUUGAUUUUGGGCUCCUUUUGAAAAAUCAAAUAGAAGCGGAACACUGCAACCCAUAAACCCAUUUUUACUCUUCACCGUCGAUAUAUGGUAAUUGUCAAAACACUUGAAAGCUUAUUAUACGACAGUCUGUGACAUUUUGGCAAAAGAAAAAAAGGUCUGAAUUUCUAGUGGACCAUCAAGAACUGCUCUUUAAAGAUAGGCAAUCAAUUCAUCGUGUUGAUCAGUCCUUAAGAUAUUUUUUACACUACUAAUGAUGUAUUCUUCUCAAUUAUCAGUAAUUCUUGUCCAUAAAGAAGGAGUUUAAAGCUAAUCUAGGUUUGGUAACUGAGAGGAAUUUCAAAUUUUCGAAAGUGAUGGAAUGAGUCAGUAAGGAAAAUGAUGAUGAACAUCCACUAUCGGCUGUAAACCUUAAAACUGUGAUUUCAAUUGGACUCAACCCUAAAAAUUCAUUCUAGCUCGAUAACAGCAAAAGAUCUGCUCUCAAAAUUAUGUUUGUCAAUUCUUCUCUAGAUUUUUAUGUUGUAAAUAAUUUAGUUUCUUUUCACUUGAGCUGUCACUAGGCAAUUAAUAAUUAUGUUUAUCAGAAACCACUGUUACCUGAUCGUUGUUUAUUAAAAACUUGAUUAAAAAAUUAUUACACCCAA